UUCAUAAUAAUUAUAAUUUAAUUUGCUGAAAACUACGUUUUAUGUUAUGAAAAAUCAAGAAAAUACUUUUUCAACGCAGAUGUUUUGAACCUUACAUAUUUUUAAAAUAGCUUAAUAUAUUUUAUAAGUAAAUUGCGAUCAUUUCUUAUUAAAAAAUAUGGCUAAAGGGAAAAAGUUUAUUAGCAAGAAAAAAAAGGGAUCUUAUAAGUCCGUAAACAAACGAAAAAAGAAAACAACAAAGGAAAAUGAAAUUACAAAUAAGAAAGCUAUUUUUAAUAGAUAUAAAGAUAAACAUAAAGUUGAAGAAGAGUUCGCAAAAAAGAAGCAGAUGGAAGAAAGAUUUCGGAAACAACAGACAACCUGUUCUGAAAGUGAAGAAGAGGAGGACAACGCAUUUAUACAAUUAGUUUCAUGUUUUAAAUCCAAACAUAAUAAAGAAGUUGUUGCAGACAGUGAUGAUGAAGACAUGAGUGAAGAAUCGGAAAUUGGUAAAAGCAUAAACGAGACUGCUGCCAACGACGGUAACACUCAAACUGAACAUUUUAGUGAUGAAAACAAUGAAGUGUGUAGUAAUGAAGACAACACUGAAAGUUCUGAUGAAGAAUAUUUGGAAAAAGAAGAAUCUGAUCCAGAAAGUGAAAUUGAUGCAUCAACAGAAGAUCCUUUCAUAAAGCAUUUGCAGUAUGAGUUACAGGAUGAAUUGCUUGUGUCUCUGUCUAACACACCACGAACUGAAAAGCAUAUUACUAAGUCAUGGUCAGUGCUUGGGAAUUUAGCUAUUAGUAUACCAGAACCACUUGAAACAUCAUCUAAGAAAUCAAAACCAAAGUUUACUAUAUUAGAAGAAAAAACAUAUGCACCCAUUGCAACAGUGCCGCAUGUAUAUCAUAAAGUAAAUUUUAAUCAACUUUAUAUAAAAUCUCAGAUAAGUGGAAAUGUUGUAUCUGCUAAUAAAAUAAACCUGAUAAAAAGGGACUUGGAUUUAAAUGAAGUUUUAACUCCUCUGCAGAAGGAAUUAUUUUCUGUUAUAAAUAAUUACCAGGACUUGAUGUUUCCAGAGCGAUCUUUUACAAAUGCAGAUGAGAUAAGGUUUAUUUACUGUCUGCAUGUUGUUAACCAUAUGUUGAAGACAAGAACUAAGAUUAUUCACCACAAUGCAAAGUUAGCUAAGAAGUCUGAUUUGUCUGAGGAGUACCGGGAUCAGGGAUUAGUAAGACCAAAGGUACUUAUACUAGUUCCAUUUAAAGAUGCAGCUUAUAGAGUUGUUAAGACACUGAUUGACUUAGUUGUACCAAAGGAAUCGGGCCAAGUAGUGAACAAAAAUAGGUUUGAGGAUGAUUUUACAGGUGGGGAGUUGAUCAUGCCCAGUAAGAAUCCAAAACCUGAAGAUUACGAGCUUCUAUUUAGUGGCAACACCGAUGAUACAUUCAGAUUAGGAAUGACCUUGACAAAGAAAACAUUGAAGCUCUACACAGAUUUCUAUUCAUCAGAUAUACUUAUAGCCUCACCUCUUGGGCUCCGUAUGAUUGUUGGUGCAGAGGGUGAAGAGGAUCGUGACUUUGAUUUUCUGGCAUCCAUCGAAUUGCUAAUAAUGGACCAGGCUGAUGUCUUUUAUAUGCAAAAUUGGGAUCAUCUGUUGCAUAUCUUAGAUCACUUCCACAUGCAGCCUAAAAAGACACACGGUACUGACUUCUCUAGAGUUAGGUCGUGGGCUGUAAAUGGAUGGACAAAAUAUUACAGGCAAACAUUAGUGUUUUCAUCAAUACCACUGCCCGAAAUCAUGUCAGUUAUGAACAAAAAGUGCCAGAACUAUGCAGGGAAAGUUUUGGUAGUCAAUAAACCCGAAGUAGGCAGUAUACAGCAAGUCUUAAUACAAGUACCACAGCUGUUUCACAGAUUCAAUGCUACAAACCCACUGGCAUCUGUUGAUGCAAGGUUUGAAUAUUUUGUGAAAGAAAUUCUUCCGAAACAGCGCGAUACUCUUAUGAGUCAUACGCUUAUUUAUGUUCCGAGCUAUUUUGAUUUUGUAAGGAUAAGGAAUUAUUUCAAAAAAGAAGAUAUUGGCUUUGUUCAAAUAUGUGAAUAUUCAAAGGACCCAAAAAUAGCCCGGGCACGAGAUAUGUUCUUCCAUACUGAAGCACACUUUUUGUUAUAUUCGGAAAGAGUACAUUUCUUCAGAAGGUUUCGAAUUAAGGGCGUUAGGCACAUCAUAUUUUACCAGCCUCCUACCUACCCUCAUUUCUACUCGGAAAUGUGUAAUCUUAUGCAGGAGAGCAAUCAGAAUAAAUAUGGCGGCAGUGACUGUAACAUGACGGUAACAGUUCUAUAUUGCAAGUAUGACUUGCAGCGAGCCGCAGCGAUACUCGGAACUGAUCGCGUCGCGAGAAUGGUCGCGUCAGAGAAAUCUGUUCAUAUGUACGUCACCGGAGAUUAAUAAAUACGAUAUUACUA